GAUAGAUUCUCUCCAGGAAGAUAUGUCUUCAACUUGGCCUUUAAGGUCUCUCAGUGGUGCAUUUAUUGCUCUCAUGAUCGAGUCCACCUAGCUGCUGGUCAUCCUCUUCUCUUUCCUUCCACUUUCCCCAGCAUUAUGGACUUCUCAUGGGAGCUAAGUUUUUGCAUAAUGUGUCCUAAAUAUAGUUUGAGCCUGGUCAUUUGUGCCUUGAGUGAAAAUUCUGGAUUGAUUUGUUCUAUGAUCCAUUGGUUUGUUUUCCUGGCUGUCCAUGGUAUCCUCAAAAGUCUUUUCCAGCACCAAAGUUCAAAAGCAUCAAUGCUUUUUCUAUCUUGCUUCUUCAAAGUCCAGCUUUCGCAUCCAUAGAGAGUCAUGGGGAAAACCACGGUCCGAACGAUUCUAAUAUUGGUUUGUCCCCUUAGCUCUCCUUUGGCAUCCCUUAAUAUACCAGUUCGAGGUUGGAACCUCCCUCUGAGUUCAAAGAUCUUUUUGAAAACUUGCCUUUUCCCGCCAUGUCUAUUUCCAUUCUCAAGGUCUUUACAAAUGUUGUAGUAUUGCUCCUUGUCUCUAACAGCUUUCUGAGAUUCUCUAUUAAGUUCCUUCCUGAGGUCAUAGACUUUCUUGACUUUGGCUCCUUCUUUCCUCUUCUGGGCAAUUUCCACCAUCCGUUCUGACAUACAUUUUGCUUUCUUCUGUUUCUUGUUCUUUGGCAGUCUCUCUUCACAUUCAUCCUUAACAACUUCUUUGAUUUCAUUCUACAGUUCCUCUGGUUCCCUAUCAAUGAGGUUCAGAACUUCAAAGUGGUUCCUAAUGUUCUCCUUGAAAAUGGUGGGUACAUUCUCAGGAUCAUAUUGUGGAAGCUGGAUAGCUUUGUUUUUCCACUUUAGCUUGACUUGGAACUUCCACAUGAGCAGUUCAUGAUCUGUUCCACAAUCGGCCCCCAGCCAUGUCUUUCCUGUUAUAACUGAGCUCUUCCACCUCCUUGCACCAACAAUGUAAUCAGUUUGAUUUCUGUGUACUCCAUCUGGUGAUGUCCAUGUGUAUAGGCGCCACUUUGGUUGUUUGAAGAAUGUGUUAGCAAUGAAGAGAUCAUUGGCUUGGCAGGAAUAAGUCAUUCUCCUGCUUUGUUUCUAUUUCCUAGGCCAUACAGUCCGACUGUAUUUUACUCCUUACCAUUUCCAACUUUGGCGUUCCAGUCUCCACACAACACCACAUCUUGCUUGCAUGUUCUGUCAGUUUCAGACUGGACUUGAGCAUAAAACUCAUCAACUUCCUCUUCUGCAUCAGUCGUUGGGGCAUAGACUUGAAAAACUGUCAUGUUAAAGGGUUGUCCAUGAAAUCUAACUGAUAUUAGUCAGUCACUGAUCGCAUUGUGCCCAAGUACUGUCAUUGCGAUCUCCUUCAUGACUAUGAAAGCAACACCCUUCCUUCAUCAUUUUUUGUUUCCUGUGUAGUAAAGUUUGAUUUUCUGACUGAAGUAAAUCCAUUUUCCAGUCCAUUUUAAUUCACUGAUGCCCAAGAUGUCAAUCUGUAGUCGAUUCAUUUCCUCUUUCACUGUGUUGAGCUUUGGAUUUUUCCCCGCAUGGCAAAAUCAGCCGCUAGACAUCCAAAAGGCUAUGCCAUAAAACACCAUCAGUACUCUUGAGAGAUCCUCCUCUGUUCCUCAGUAGCAUGUUGAGUACCAUCUGACCUGAGAGGAGAUCUAAUCUUGUGGUAGCAAGCCUGAUUUGUCCCCUUAGCUAAGCAGGGUCUGCCCUGGUUGCAUAUGAAAAGGAGACUAGAAGUGUGAGCGCUGUAAGAUAUUCACCUCAGAGGAUGGAGCCGCUCUGGGAAGAGGAGAAAGUUUCAAGUUCCCUCCCUGGCUUCUCCAAAAUAGGGCUGAGAGGGAUUCUUGCCUGCAACCUUGGAGAAGCCACUGCCAGUCUGUGAAGACAAUACUGAGCUAGGUAGACCAAUGGUCUGCCUCAGUAUAUAGCAGCUUCCUAUUAGAGGUCCAUCAUCUGGCACUACAUCGAUAAUCAUUCUGUUUUGUCUGUCCAUGUAGUUUUUUUGGUAGAACACAGGAGUGGUUUGCCAUUGCCUUCUGUGCAGUAUGAAAUGAUGCCUUUGUUAUCACCAAAGUGAUUGUCUGUCUCCAGCACCUCCCUGUAUUGCCGCUGCUCAAUAUAGGUGCCUGCUUGCUUUAGCUGGGUAGUUGGGAUGACCUUUGCACUUUGGGUGACGCGACUAGGAGGGGCCAGUGGGGAAAUGCUUGACUGACAAGCAGAAAGUUGCCAGUUCAAAUCCCUGCUGCUCCUAUAUCGGGCAGCAGCAAUAUAGGAAGAUGCUGAAAAGCAUAAUCUACGGGAGGAGGCAAUGGUAAACCUCUCUCUCCUGUAUUCUACUAAAACAAACCACAGGACUCUGGGCGUGCCAGGAGUUGAAAUCCACUUGAUGUCACACUUUACCUUACUGGUAGUGUAGCUCCUGCUCCCGACAGACUUUGCUCCUCCUUACCAGGAUCAACCCCCGUCUCGCCACAACCACGAUGAGGCAACAUAGCAGGGGCAGGCAUUUUACAGCACUUAGAAUUUGCUUUAAUAAAGACCACGGUAAUCUUUGCAUUUCAGAGUUACUUUUGUUCAAAAUUACACAAGCAACAACUUGUGGUGCUUUUCUGCAAAAUUUGGAUUUGUUUUCUUCCCUUUUGGAAGAGUUAAGAAAAUCUUACAGGAUUUAUGAGUAGAAAAAGGAAAGCGCUUUCCUUUGAUCACACGGAACAUGCCCCGCUGCAUUGGAGUUGCACCGAUUACGAAAAUCCAGGGCUGCGCUAAACAUCUGCUACACCGGCGGCCCUCCCGCCAGCAGAGGGCGAUAGCGGUGGCCUCGAGGGCGCCCUGCGCAAGCGCGCUUCUCCAUUUCCGGCCGGGGCAGCGGCCAGGUGGUUGGCAUGGCGGACGGCGCGGAGCUCAGCUUCGCCCAGCUGGGCCUCGACCCCCGGAUCCUGCAGGCGGUCUGCGAGCUGGGCUGGGCGCAGCCGACGCUGAUCCAGGCGCGCGCGAUCCCGCUGGCGCUGGAGGGCAAAGACGUGCUGGCGCGGGCCAAGACCGGCUCCGGGAAGACGGCCGCCUACGCGCUGCCCCUCCUGCAGCACCUCCUGCGGCGCAAGGCGUCCCCCACCGUGGCCGAGCAGGCCGUGCGGGGCCUCAUCCUGGUGCCCACCAAGGAGCUGGGCCGGCAGGUGCUGCAGAUGCUUCGGCAGCUGGCCGCCUACUGCGCCCGCGACCUGCGCCUCGUCGACAUCUCUGGCCAGGCGGACUUCGCAGCCCAGCGACCCCUCCUGAUGGAGAAACCAGAUGUGGUGGUGGGGACUCCGUCACGGGUCUUGGCUCACCUGCAGGCCCAGAACCUGAGCCUGCGGGACUCCCUGGAGAUCCUGGUGAUGGAUGAAGCUGACCUGCUCUUCUCCUUUGGCUUUGAGGAAGACCUGAAGAGUUUGCUCUGCCAUCUGCCCCAGAUCUACCAGAGCUUCCUGAUGUCGGCCACUUUGAAUGAGGACAUUCAGGCGCUGAAGGAGCUGGUGCUGCACAACCCUGUGACCCUCCGGCUGCAAGAGUCGCAGCUGCCCGACAGCUCCCAGCUGAGCCAGUUCCAGAUCCAGUGCGAGACGGAGGAGGACAAGUUCCUGCUGCUCUAUGCGCUGCUGAAGCUCGCUCUGCUGCGGGGCAAAGUCAUCCUCUUUGUGGGCAGCAUUGGCCGCUGCUACCGCCUCAAGCUCUUCCUGGAGCAGUUCAGCAUCCCUGCCUGCGUGCUGAACUCGGAGUUGCCUGUUCAGUCCAGGUGCCACAUCAUCAGUCAGUUCAACCGAGGCUUCUACGAUUACAUCGUCGCGACAGAUGAGCACGACCUGGCAGAACCAGAAGGGCCGAGAGAAGGCGAGAGGAAGAGGAGGAGGAGGAGGAAGGGCAGCAAGGCAGAGAAGGGCAGAGACCAGGAGUACGGCGUCUCCCGCGGCAUCGACUUCCAGAACGUCUCUGCUGUCCUCAACUUUGAUCUCCCUCCAUCAGUGGAGUCCUACAUCCACCGAGCAGGCAGAACGGCCCGCGCUGACAACCCCGGCACCGCCCUGACGUUGGUCCUGCCCUCGGAGCGGGGCCCCCUGGCCAAGAUUGAGGCUGCACUCACGGCCGAGAGCGGAGAGACCACCUUGCAGCCUUACCAGUUCCGGAUGGAGGAGAUUGAGGGCCUUCGCUACCGCUGCCAGGAUGCAAUGCGGUCAGUCACCAAGCAGGCGAUCAAAGAAGCGCGGCUCCGUGAGAUCAAGGAGGAGCUGCUCAACUCCGAGAAGCUGAAGACCUACUUUGAGGACAACCCCCGAGACCUGGGCCUCCUGCGCCACGACCAGCCGCUCCACCCGGCCAUCGUGAAGCCCCACCUGCGCAAUGUGCCCGAGUACCUGGUGCCUCCCACCCUCCGAGCCGUUAUUCAGCGCCGCCUCGGCCAGCGCAGGCGCCGGAAGCCUUUGCCCCCCAGAGCCAAGGGCCAGAGGAACCCACUCCGCAGCUUCAAGGGCACCAGGAAACAGAAGACAGGCGCUGGCCGCUAGCGGUGGACCCUGCAGGGACUUGCCAGAGCCACUGCCCCCCCACCCACCCACCCCAACCGGGACUGUCCCUCUUGCCGGGAAGGGCAGCUUCCGCAGACCAUUGGGAGGGCGGGUGUGAUGGUGGGAGGUCCUGCUGGCCACCCUUGUCUUCUCGGAGGAGAACGAAAGCGCUUGCACCUUGUCAAGUGCCGCCUGGGGUCACGGCCCAAACCUGCCCAGGGCUGGGGCGCCUGUUAUGGCUGCCCUGAGAAGAAAACCCGCCAGCCCAACCAGUCCCUCCCCCACCCACAGGCACACUGCAGCGAGGGGUGGCCCUGAGCCCCGCUUCCUCCCCAGGCCCUGCCCUGCCCUGCCCUCUCCUGAGCUGCGCCCUUGGGGCCAAGGCAGGCAGGCGUGUGCCUGGUGGCCCCCUCUGACCCCCCCUCCUCCUCCUCCUCCGGGGAGGCAUGAGGUGGUGCCCUGGCGCUGAGGCAGUGGACCUUGCUGCCCCCUGCCAGCCCGCCGAUGGACUCUUGCCCCGGGGCUUAAUCAGCAGCCCCAAGGCCAGGCUUGGGUUGUAAACCUUGAGGAGUCCGGAUGAUAAGAGGCUCUGGGCGGAGGCAGUGGCCUUAUGUGACGCUGCAGGUGCAGGAUCAGGCGAGGAGGCGGGCUCUGCAGGUCCUCCUAGGAGUGGCCCCAGAAAAUCACUGCUGCCUCACGGUGGUUCGCAUGCCUCUUGUGCAUAUCGCGGGCUGUGUGUACGUGAUCCCCUGGAGGACAGAGGAGCCUGCAGCCCUCCUCCGCUGCAGAUUAGGGAGGGCAGGGCAGGGAGGGGAGCGGCUCUCCUCCUCCUCCUCCUCCUCCUCCUCGCUUUGGAGUCUGCAAGCCAGAGCUGCAAAGGGACUUGAUCAGGGCAUCCUGCAGGGCUCUUAAUUUAGUGAUCUUUUAUUUGCUUAUUUCACGUACUUCUGUUCCUCCAGCACGCUUCUGGAUGGCUUACAAUAAAAAUAUAACAUCCCCAGCAAAAGUAUGAGCGACAGUAAAAUGCAAUAACACCAUAAAACACCAUAAAAGACAGAGCAGAUAUUCAAAACAUACACAGCCACCUAUAUCAAAACUACUGUAUUUGCCUGAAUCCAAGUUUCUUGAUAUUAGAACUCGGGAGGUCUUAAAUUCGGAGUCCUGUUCCUUUGGAGUAAAUGGAAGUAUAACUUGCA